UGUCGGUGUACAUGCUGCUCGAACAGGAGGCUUAAGAGUGGCGGGGAAGCGUUGGAUUUAACUUCACACACGGAUAAAUCUAUGCUUGGAUUUCGGCUCUUUUUCCCUUCGCCAAUGCAAAAGAAAAUAUGCAGCGAAGCUUCACAAUUCUCUACACCAGUUUACUGGGGCUGUGCUUGGCAUCAAGCUCAAGUUUUCCAAGUAACAUCAAUAUAGGAGGAUUGUUCCCAACCGAAUCGCACGAAUAUGAGGUUUUUCGGUUCGCCCUCUCUCACCACCAGGACAUCCCCAAACUGGUGCCGCAGGUGGAUAUGGUCAAGAUGGGGAAUAGCUUCUCCAUGACUUACGCCUUUUGUUCCCAGUUCUCCAAAGGUGUGUACGCCAUCAUCGGCCUGUAUGACAGGAAGACGGUCAACAUGCUCAUGUCCUUCUGCGGAGCGCUGCACGUCUGCUUCGUCACGCCGUCCUUUCCCAUUGAGACAGCCAACCAGUUUGUCAUCCAGCUGAGGCCUGAGCUCCAGGACGCUCUGGUGGGAGUGAUUGAUCACUACAGAUGGACCAAGUUUGUCUACAUGUACAGUUCUGACUCAGGACUGUCUGUGCUGCAGAAGGUUCUGGACACAGCAGCGGAGCGGAACUGGCUUGUGACAUCGGUCAAUGUGGAGACCAUGACGGAGGCCUCCUUCUUGAAGGUUUUCCAGGAUUUGGACAAGAGGAAGGAGGGCCAGAUCAUCAUCGAUUGUGAGACAGAGAGGCUCACUGGCAUCCUCAGAAAGAUCGUCGAACAAGGCAAGAAUGCAAAGAGCUACCACUACAUCCUGGCUAACCUGGGUUUCCUGGACAUCGACCUGACUGACCUGAGGAAAGGAGGGGCGAACAUCACCGGCUUCCAGCUCGUCAACAACUCCGAGCCCAGCGUCAGCCGUGUGGUCCAGCAGUGGCUGGAGUUUGACAACAAAGACUCCAAAGUGCCCAAGAGUGGACUCAAAUACACGGGUGCUCUAACAUAUGAUGGCGUGAAAGUCAUGUCCACGGCCUUCCAGAACCUGAGGAGACAGAGGAUAGACAUCUCUCGCAGGGGCAACGCUGGAGAGUGUCUUGCCAACCCACCAGCUCCCUGGGGACAGGGCAUAGACAUCCAGAGAGCCUUACAGCAGGUGCGUAUUGACGGAUUGACUGGUCACAUUCAGUUCAAUGAAAAAGGCCGCCGAACCAACUACAAUGUUAGCAUCAUGGAACUGGCCCCCUCUGGACCAAAGAAGGUUGGCUACUGGAAUGAAGAUGAGAAGUAUGUGUCUACUGCCAGCUUUAUGAGAAGCAGCAACGACAGUAUCGGCCUGCAGAACAGGACGUACAUAGUCACCACGAUCUUGGAGUCUCCGUAUGUGAUGCUGAAGAAGAACCACGAGCAGCUUGUGGGGAAUGACAAAUAUGAGGGUUACAUUGUGGAGCUGGCUGCGGAGAUAGCCAAACACGUUGGCUACCAGUACAAACUGAAGGUGGUUUCAGAUGGCAAAUAUGGAGCCAGAGACCCAGAGACUAAGAUGUGGAAUGGCAUGGUGGGAGAACUGGUGUAUGGGAAAGCAGAUGUGGCUGUGGCCCCUCUGACCAUCACCCUGGUGCGUGAAGAAGUGAUCGACUUCUCUAAGCCCUUCAUGUCCCUUGGUAUCUCCAUCAUGAUCAAGAAACCCACCAAAUCCAAACCUGGCGUGUUUUCCUUCCUGGACCCGCUGGCUUAUGAGAUCUGGAUGUGCAUUGUGUUCGCCUACAUCGGCGUGAGCGUCGUCCUGUUCCUUGUCAGUCGGUUCAGCCCGUAUGAGUGGCACGCUGAGGACUACGAGGAGGGCGCUGAGCCGCAGUCGCCCACUCAAGCAUCAGCCUCCAACGGGGUGCAGCAGGGCCAGGCCCCACAGCAACAGAACAACAACCAGCAGAGUCUAGAGCAGACCAAUGAGUUUGGCAUUUUCAACUCCCUUUGGUUCUCCCUGGGGGCCUUCAUGCAGCAGGGCUGCGAUAUCUCACCACGCUCUCUGUCGGGUCGCAUUGUUGGAGGCGUCUGGUGGUUCUUCACCCUCAUCAUCAUCUCAUCCUAUACUGCCAACUUGGCUGCCUUUCUGACAGUGGAGAGGAUGGUGUCACCUAUAGAGAGUGCUGAGGAUUUGGCCAAGCAGACGGAGAUCGCCUAUGGGACGCUGGACGCCGGCUCAACCAAAGAAUUCUUCAGGAGGUCGAAGAUCGCCGUGUUUGAAAAGAUGUGGUCGUACAUGAAGGCAGCCGAUCCGUCCGUGUUUGUCAAGACGACAGACGAGGGCGUGAUGAGAGUCAGGAAGUCUAAGGGCAAGUAUGCCUACCUGUUGGAGUCCACAAUGAACGAGUACAUAGAGCAGAGGAAACCGUGCGAUACUAUGAAGGUGGGAGGAAACCUUGAUUCUAAAGGUUAUGGCAUCGCCACACCAAAGGGAUCCCCUCUCAGAAACCCAGUAAACCUGGCAGUGUUAAAACUGAACGAGCAGGGCCUCUUGGACAAAUUGAAAAACAAGUGGUGGUACGACAAGGGAGAGUGCGGCAGCGGGGGCGGGGACUCCAAGGACAAGACGAGUGCUCUGAGCCUCAGCAAUGUGGCAGGAGUCUUCUAUAUCCUGAUUGGCGGUCUGGGCCUGGCCAUGCUGGUGGCACUGGUGGAAUUCUGCUACAAGUCCAGGACCGAGUCGCGCCGAAUGAAGGUGUCCACCGCGCGAGCUGCUGCCGCCUCAGCCGCUCAGGCCUUUCACUGCUCAGCCUUAGACAGUGGUGCUAGUGCCCCCUACACAGAGCUGCAGAGCUACGGCCUGUACGCCAACAACACUGUUAAGAUAUAAGGGCAGAGCACAGCCAUGGGCAAUCCAUCAACGACGCCAUGCGCUGCUCCACCCUGACCCGAAUGAGUGGCAACGGAAGCGGCGGAGAGAACGGACGAAUCCUCACACACGACUUCCCCAAGACCGUUCAGACGCUGCCCUGUAUGAGCCACACCGCCAGCAUGGGACUGGGUGCCUCCGGCAUGUGAUCCUCACAUGACUGUGCUGGCGGCGAGGAAUAGGCAGGGUGGGGCAGAAGAAGAGCACAUGACUCUAAAUAAGCUCCAAAAUCAUGGCUGUCUGGUUUGACCCAACUAUCCUCCUGGCUGUCAAUUUGCCCGACUUGAACAAGACUUUACCUACUGCCAAAAUGCACUCUCAAACCGCUCAUCACAAAACUGAGACUCUCAACAUUUUUUUUAAUAAGUGGAUAUUUGAAAAAACAGAUACGGAGAAAAAAAAGAAGGGAAAUGUGCUGCAAUAAAGAAGCCGUCAACGGGGCGUGUUUUUGAAUUUUUUACAGUGUUCAUUUUUGUGGGAAAAAAAUAACUUUAUUCUUCAGUGUGACGCCUGCGCUGUGCCAUUUCGAUGGAGCUGUUGACGUAAGUCUGCGUGUGCAAUAUCUUCACCUCCACUGCUGACCUUGUACUACCUAAAUGCUUUCUGAUGGCUGAUGGAACAUGUUUUUGCACAGAUACGGCAGAAGAGGACAAACACUUGUGACUGCUACGAUGAUUUCAUAAUUUGUUUUGGGACACUCCCGCUCUCUUUCCCUCUCACAUUUACACGCAAUUUUGGAAGGACAAAGUGCUCUGCGUAGCUAAGCCAGUUUUUAAGAUAUAGUAUAUGGUUUUAGAGUGUAAUAGCGCAAACAUAUUUGUCACAAUUUGAUUUGAUUUAUCCGCAACUGAAGGUGAACACUGUUUAAAUCAGCAGUUGACCAGGCCACAUCAAACAUGCAUUGCUGCUACACCUCAUUUAACACAACAUGCCUUGUCUUUGUGCCAUAUGACCAUUCUCACACAAACACGCAGAUACACACCUGUUGCUUCUGGGACAGAUAAAUACAGAGUUACUAUUAAGUCAGAGAUACAAAAAUGCUCACUUUGAACACAAAAAAAAAACACGCUGACACAUUACUCCGUGGCUUUGUACUGUACUGAGUGACCUUACACUGUAUUCAACUGUUGUGACAUUCAUAGCAUAUCCAUUGAUAUACUGGGGAGUCUAUUUGCAGCAAACAUUGAAGAACAAUGAUUGACAGAUUCAAAUAUAAUCUGCGGAAUAUAUUCUUCAUACUGUUGUUGGAGCUGCAUAUUUCCCUCCCUCCUGUGAUGUAUUUUCAGCUGUAUUCAGUUUUUAUUUAUAUGGGCAGUGAAGCCUCUCAAUUCAACCCCUGCAGAUCGUGCGCGGCCUAUAAAGGGGAAAUUGGCCUCCUCUAGCUAGCUUAGAAUUGAGACAUGCCAUGUGACUGGCAGACUCACCAUCACCCUUUCAGUGUUUAUAAAAAGUCAAGGUUACCGUUGGUCCCGCAGUGCCUGACUGUAGAGUUCUUCCUUAUCAGAUCAUGUCAUAUUAACAGAAAUUAGAGCGGCGGGUCCUGAACAGCAGAGGGCAGAGAUGACAUAGGGCAGACAGCCUGGGUUUGGCAUGUAGGCCUUAAACCAAAAUUCCACCAUUUCAAUACUUCUAACACAAAAUGACUUUUGGUGAUGUACUUUGCAUUUCUUGGCUCGUUAUGUCUGUUAGUGGGCUAUUUUAUAUUCCAAUAAAUGACUUGCCAACUGCAGAAAAUGUCCUUGGGGUCAUGUAAGGCAAUCUAAAAUGAAAAGACAGAGGCUGGGAUAGUUAUAUAUUUUCUUUUUUGUCAACAAAUCUUGGAAAAAACACAACAACAGUACGCUGGAUGUCAUCUAUUUCUGUAGCAAGGAGGAUUUCAAAAUAUAUGACACAACAUGUGUUGACAUUUGUUGGGCUGUUUGCCAUCCAUCAAAUCGGAUGAAACAGCACCCACGUAAUCCCAAUAGAGCUGAUUACUUUUCGAGUGUUAAACUAUUAAUGGACUAAUCAAGUUUUCAGGACUUUGACUUUGCAUUUCUUAAUGAAUGUGUAACAUUUUGAGGGGAUUUAAAACUUCUUAACUCCCUACCCUGUCUAGGACACUGUGCCCAGGCAUCCUUACAGAAAGCGUACAUAUUAAAAAUAUCUCAUAAAUGUAAAGUUUUAAAUUUAAAGAAUGCUUAGUAUUUUGCUAAAACAACAGACUAGGUAAUGUCGUUUGGUGAAAAUGUUACUUAGAAAUAAAUAAAUACAGCAUUUGUUGGGGACUGUAAUUCAGCGAUGGAUUAAUACACGGUGCGCUGUUAUAUAUACUGUAUGUGGUAUAUAUACCUGUUGUUUAUAAGCUAACUAAAGAAUAUUUCCGCCAGAAGCUGUGGCUGAUAACUAUGUUUUUUCGAAUAGCUAAUAAUUAAGUACAGAGGCCAUAGGCCUACUCCUUUUGUACGAUCACUUGUCAGUUGUUGUAUUUUCAUUGGAAAUGCUGACAACAAGAACAAUAUUGAAUUUGGACAGCCUUAUCCUUUAAACUUUAAAUCUUCCAGGUGAAAAUUGCCAUAGCUGGAAGGAAACCAAUAACAGUUGUUCAUAAUGCAUCACAGCCCAAGGUUAUAUAAAGGGUACAUUCUGAGCCUUCUUCCAAAACAAGCAUCUGUUCCUUUUAACUUUCCACUACACAAAUAUUCCACACUCAUUUUGGGCACAUGAAAGAUGAAGAAUAAUGUAUAAGAAAUCAUGAAACACAAGUAAUUCAUCACAACAUAAGCCCUGAAAUGCAAUGAACAUCAUCAUCACCACACAAGGUUGACAUCUUAGAGUCCGACAGUGUCCAAAGGUGCGGUUUUUACUUUAUGUUGACUAGAAGGUUGUUGCUUGAAAUGUGAUUUUCACUGCUGCUGGAUGCCAGAGGUCAGCUGUAGACUAUAUACGGCACACUCUAGCUGACCUCUAAUUUCACAGCAGAGGCCAAGAGCCUGUACAAAGGCAGCACCCCCUGCUUCCUCUGCUGGCCGCAUAUUUUUUUUCUUCUCCUCUGAGUUUCUGCUUUAAAAAAUAUAGUACCAAAUCAAAUGUAUGACCUCUCUUUGUCUAGAUCGUCAUACAAGCAAGAAAAACAGGCAGUCAGAGUUUACUGAAACCAUACAUAUCGCCACCUAUUAUGUAUAUAAAAGGCUUUUCUCUCCCCCCAGUGAAAUGUUUUUUCUGCUCCCAUCAUGCCUCAGUGUACCUGAAUUAGUUACCUACUGCGUGAGUUCCUUUACUUACCCCAUCUAUGCGUCCUCUUUUGCUGAUGUUGUAUUAAUUAGAACACGGCACAGCUCUCUCCAACGGAGGCUUUACGUUCAGACAGAUGUUUUAUAUGCCAUAAAAGAUUUCUAUAAAAAAUAAAUAAUAAUAAAAAAGACACUCAAUGUUUGUAUUAUAAAGGAGAGUUGGGUGCCGGGAAAGUGUUAUACACUUUUAUCGAGUGUAAAUAAUAAAACACACUGAUGUUGAGUAAUAUGUAGACGCUAAUGUUGUUUUAAGCCAGUUUUGAGUUAAUUUCAUCUUAUUUUGUUGCAAUUUCAAAAAGAAUUUCCUGUUGGUGUUUUUUAAGUGCUUGAAAUUUAACACCAUUUGAAUAUUCUUUGUCGUUUUCCUUUUUCACAGUAUUUUACUACUGGAAUCUAAUCACCAGAAAUAUUAUUGUUGUUUUUUUUAACUUUGGAAAGGGUUGUACGGUUUUAAAAUCAAAACGUUGAUCAAUAAAUGGUUUCACAGUUUAAAAGAUAAAGAAAAGUAAAAUAAUUAAACUAUUAGCAAUCAGACUUUUGAGAAAUAACUUUUUUUUUCUAACCAAAGUGUCCUGGAAGGAAGUCAU